GGUUGUGGACGACACCACCGGUCAUAUCAUCCAAAUGGUCGCACAUCAGAGCAAAAGGAGACUCAAACCCAAAUGCUCGAAGAGUUUUGGUGGCAGACAAAAGACACCAUUGAGGAGAUCAUUGCGGACAUCGUUUGGCAACUCAUCUAAAGCGCCGCUAAGAACCGCAACUUCAGUUAAAUCGACGCUUAAGCCAUCAAUUAAGUCAAGACUUGGCGUGAGGGUCGACACAAAGGCACCGCCAAAGCCAUCGCUUAGGACUCCCGUGAAGUCACCGAUCACUACAUCCCAAAAGACACCUCAAAGCGCACCACAACAACGAAAGUUACCAUUAGUUCAACCGUCAAAUAGACUCCAAAGCUUUACACCGAAUAGACCGCAAACUUCAGCACCAAAUCCGCCACAAAAUUCAUUUAAGAGACCACUGAAUACAUCGGAACGAAUGGAUCCGCGGAUAGCGAAGAGAUUGAACGCAAACAAAGACGAGGACCAAAAGACAACUACAAUAACCAUCAGCACUGAUGACAAGACCAGCGCUAAUGUGGCGCCACAACGGCCGACACAGACAGUGACGCCAUCCAAACCCUUCCAUGAGAUGGCCACCGAAGAAGUGGAGGCAUUGGUGAGCGCAGUGCGAGAGACAUCUUCGGUGAUCUCAUCCGUGACCGCAGCAUUGGAGAAGUCGAAGAGUGGCAUCGAUUCGCAGCUUUGGUCCAAAAUAUUUUCUGUCGAGAAAGUGACGGAUUUGAAGACACUGUCGACAGACACGACCGGAAUGUUGGCGGCGAAGACA